AGAGAACAGAAUUUCCAACGCAGUGAGCAGAGUCUGUACAGAGCCACAGGGUUUAUUCACUUAAACAGUAAACUUUAGCGAACUGGUAACCAAACUUCAAAAUUUUGGCCAAAAUUGUUGGUAUGGAAUCACUUCCAUUUCCACUAUAGUCAUAGUUUGACUAGUUUUAGCCGAAAUUUUGCAGUUUGGUUUGCAAUUCGCCACAGUUUACUGUUUAGUGAAUAAAUCCCAGUGUCUUCGGGUGUUACAGCGUCAGUAAUCUAAACCGUUCAGACACUGAGGCACCACAGACACCGACACUCUUUAACUCCCAGACAAGUUUCCUUGAAUUCAGACGAUCCUACCAGACGCAUAGGAACACAAACAUUUUGUUUGCUUGUUUUCAAGAAGAAUGUCAAAGAUUGUAUGUCGUAUACAUAUGUGCAUUAUAUCCCAUGAUGACAGAAAACCAUACACCCCAGGAAAAAAUGAUUUCUGUAAGCAGAACUGCAAUGAGGACAAGUCCCUGGAAGAUGAGCAAGAACUGAUGAAGAAACUUUCAGUGAACCCUGGUGACCUCGAUGCAAUCUCUCAAUAUGUGCAGAAAAAUAAAGGGAAAGUAUUAAAACUUCCAAAGGAAACCCAACUAUCUUUACUGGUGUGUGAUCUGAAUGGCACUGCGUACAUGGGACAGACAUACAUGUUGGAGUCUUGGCAAAGUCUCUACUUGCCCAAACAGACAAAGAUGGAAGUUCUGGGAAUCAUUGAGAACUAUUCAAGCAUGUGCUCUGGUAUUCAGCAGGUAGUCCUGGUGGCUGAAGAUGGGCGUGUGUUUACUUAUGAAGAGGAAACAAUGUGCCUAAUUGCCAAGACUUUACCUGAAUUAGCAAAGAAUGGUGUUAGAAAAUCAGAAGUCUAUAAUUAUCCACAUGACCUGAGCGAUGAGGAAGAAGAAAUACUUCAGCAAAAUGAAGAGAUUAAAAAAAUCAGGGCGAGAACAAGGGAUUUUGUGAACAGCAGCAAUGACGCGUUUGACAAAAUUCUGAAUUAUUUUUAAGGGUCGUAUUCUUAAAGCAGCUCAUUAUCCUGAAUACUUGAAGUCAGUCUGCCUCACAGGAAUCUAAAGAUGAGCUGUCUGCUGAGAAUUUCGGCUUUCUAAAAGUGGACACAGCUGAACGCUAAAGUUGAAAACUGAAGACAGAACCGAACAUGUUCUAUAUUCUGCUGCUCAUCGUAAAAAGUAUUAGUUGCUCAGUGAGGCCGUUAGGCUAUAUUCCAUAUUGUGCAAGGAAUCUUAUUUUAAAGUUCAAGAGAUGAGUCAUGAUAAAUGCAUAAAAAAAACGAAAACUAGAGCUAAUUGGCAACAUAGGCAAUGAAAUCGGUAUUGUGCGCAUACCUCGUACAGAGAAUAAAAAAAAAAGAAAUAGCGUUAGCAUACUCGGAGCACAAAUAAAAGAAAAAUAAUUUUGUUAAAAAUGGCAAAACUGAAAACUUUAAAGCCUAACAGAGCUAUAACAACAAGACUGAAAGAAUAAGACACACAAAUAUAAAUACAACAUGAUGGCAUAAUAUAGAGCAGAAUAGAGCAGAAUAUGUUGUCAAUAUAUUGUGCAAAAAAAAAGCACCAUUUUUACAAAGACUCAGUUUUCUCUAGACAUGUGCAAGGCCAAAAAAAUUGGUUCAGUCAAAUCAAUUUGGCAAAAAAAAAAAAAAAAACUAGAUUCAGUCGAUUUUGUUUCGUCCAUGUGGUGUUUCGUCUCGAACUGCAAUCGUUUCAGGAAAAACUAUUCGGAUGGUCACUUCUCACUUGAUUUACUGAUUAUAAUCAAUAUUUAGUGACUGUCCUCUAGCCACCAAUCAUCUUUUUUCCUAACAAACAACUUUUUUAUUUGACGGAACUCUGAAUCAUGAUUUAAAAUAAACUGCCCAUCAUUUGUUCAUGAUUUAUUUCAGAGUUAUAAAAAGGUCACGACCGGCCGAUCGCCCACAAUUUGGACGAAACACAGUUUGUUUGAAACUAAACGCGCAAGUCUAGUGUCCACAGACAGCAGGUGAACCUCACUGAUGAAGCCUACAAGUGGCCGAAACACAUAAUUGAGGUUGCUGUGUGACUCUUACCUCUGUAUGAGACCAUACAAAACUAGUGAGCAACUAAUACUAGUGGCCAUAUAAUGUCAAAGCAUAGAUAAAAAAAAACAUACAUUUCAGGAAAUUGUAUUAUGGCGUGUGUGCUUUGUUCCAUAAAAAGAGCACUCCAGGCACCAUAACCACUUUAAUGAAAGAGGUUACAAUGCCUGGAGCCCGAUGGCGCUGUCUUACAUUUCAAUGUUAAACCAAUUUCACAUUUUUAACACUGGAGAAGUGUCCCCGAUCUCUGAUCAUCUGCUUCUCCUCUUCUGCCGGUCUGCUCAAACGAAUUCCGCAUUAGACGAGCAGGAGAGGUGAAGCAGCAGACCGAUGCCUGGGGACACUUCUUAUGUGUUUAUAAAGCACUCUUAAACAGUUUAACACUCAAAGGUAAGAUGGUGCCAGGAGACUACACGCACCAUAGCCACUUCAUUGUGAUUGUUUUUGAAACAAAGGAUGAAUACGUUGCAACUUGGGACAAAACAGCUGUUUCAUGUACAAUGGUAUCAAGAAACAUGCGAACAUGAAAAAUUUAUCUAUUUAUUGUUAUAGUGUUCCUUCACAUAUAGGGUCCCUGUCAGGUAAAACACCAUUAAAUGUAUCGGUAAUCAAACAUCAGCCAGUCUUCUCCUGGCAGCCAUUGCUCCUUCUUUUCUGAGAUUAUCCUGAUUUAUGAUCUUCAUCAGGAUUAUCUCAGAAGAGCAGAAGCAGCCACCUGGAGGAGACUGGAUGAGCUGGAUUACCUGACAGAUGAUCUUGGGCCAAAACUCACAGUGAAACAUUGGGGGCCCAUAGCGCAUGGUGUGGCGGUCGCCAUGCUCCACCAAUUAGAUGCAUCUCAUGGAGAAGAGAGAUGUACUGAAUCUAAUACUUUUCUAUGGGAAAUAACCUUCUUGAGGCAGUGCCUCUAGUGACUGUCAAUCGGACAAAUUUAUGGGCAAAUGCAAAAAUGACUGUUUCUCGGAAUUGUUUAUAUUGCCAGAAAAAAAGGGACAGAGUCUAUGCGCCAAAACCACUUCAUUAGGAUGAAGUGAUUUUGUUGCUUAGAAUAUGCUUUUCAUUUCACAAUUCCAUUUUAUUAAAAUCUAGAUGUAAUGUUUUAGCCCUUAUGCUGCAAUAUUUCACACUGGUCUGAUGGUUAUAAAAUAUUAUAUUAAAGGAACAUGUAUUCCUGUUUUGUCCCCAGGCUCCCUCGCGUUAAAAAGGUGAUUCGCUCCGCUCCCUUGGCUGGGAUCAUCAGACUUCAUGAUCUCACAAUCCGAUGGGAAAUUUAUAGGAAUUCAUGCAGCGAAACGGCGAACUGAGCCAAUCAGCAUCUCCUCAUAGAGAUGCACUGAAUCAAUGCAUCUCUGCAUCUCUAUGGGAAAAGUUCAGCGUCUUCAUGCAGAGUGUGGAGAUGCUGAAUGUCAGUGCUGCACAUUUUGCAGCACUGACACAGGAAGCACCUAAAGUAUCUAUCUGAGUGACUGCCAGUACAGGUGUCCCUAGGCUGCAAUGUAAACACUGUCUUUUCUCUGAAAAAGCAGUGUUUACAAAAAAAAAGCCUUCAGGGACUGACUAUACUCACCACAACCACUACAUUAAGCUGUGGUUGUUAUGGUGACUGUAGUGUCCUUUUAAACUAAACAUCUCUACUCUAGAGGGCUGUCAACCUGGCUGCAUGAGUUCCAUCAUGAUAGCAAGUAGGCCUGACUGUCAAGAUUCAGUUAGGUUUCUCUGCAUUUGCAGAUUUUGCUGAAAGUAACUAUUCCUCAGACAUUCAACACUGUGAAAGUUAACUCAUCAUACUGUGGAUGAGAAAGUAGAAAGACACCUCCGCGAUGUCAUCACACUUUGAUGCUCUACAUGGGUUCCUGUGUGUUCGGGUAUCUGGCAAUCCAAGCACACAGUGUCAGACAUUCCUGGCACAAUGCUGUAUGCAUGCAGCAACAUGAAGAUUCUAAUAAACGGAAUCGCAUGGCAGCAGACUCAGCGUAGCCUCGUUUACAAUGUAAAUAAAUGAACAAACAGGCACAACCAAAACUUCUUAGAUAGUGUCAAAAAAGAGGGGAGAGAGGCGGUACAACAGAGUAGUGUUCUCUAUAAGAAAAUGAUGUCAAUGAUGUUUUCUGGUGCCAUUAAAAAACACUAUGGAACACUUACGGGAUUUUUAAACAA